UAACAUCUUUAAAGGGGGAGUAGCCUUUUUCAGGGGAGACUCAUUGACGGGUCUCUCCAAACCUUAACCUUAUAUGAGAUAACCCUGCAUUAAUUGUCUACAGUCCACUGAACAGAGCUACAAGCGGAUGCUUUGUUUUCAUGCUCUUUACUGGUUCAGAGAAACACAGAUGGACAAGCAGCUGAUGCAGGAGGCAGAUCCCUGUACUCUGAAAGCGAGGACCUGAAGGCAUCUUGAAAUAGAAUUUCAAAAGAGGAGGAGGGGAAGGAGGACGGAAAGUGGAGGUGGGGGCUGGUUUAGAGAGAGAGCAUUAGUAUGCCAAGCUCAAUACUUAGCAUGGCUGUACAGAAGAAACAGAGUGUCGUCCCUCCAUCACAGGGACCACUAUCUACACGUACCAUCGAGAGCCAAAGGAAGGGGAAAGCAUCAGACAAAACUAAUGAAAAUGUCAAACCAAAUACACAGGCAAAGAAGAUGGCCUGUCCUGUCCAAAAGGCUGAGCAAAUCUGGAACACAGCUAGUCCACGGGGCACUACAGGAUCUAAUGGACCAAAUGUUGAUGAGAGGCUUAAGGCAGCUCGGGAAAGAAGAGAGGAGCAUCAGAAAGUGCUUGCCUCUCGGGAGCUGAGUCGGUUGGAGAGGGAGCAGCGGGCUAGGCGUUAUUAUGAACAACAGUUGCAGGAGCGCAAGAAGAAACUCCUGGAGCAGAGGUUCAAGGAGGAGAGGAGGCGGGCUGCAGUCGAACAGAAGCGUAAGCAGAGGCUGCUGGAGGAAAAAGAGCGAUAUGAAUCUGCAGUGCGCAAGACCCUGGAGAAGAGCCAAAAGGCACAACAGAACAGUCUGAACAGAGGAAGAAAGGUCAUCAAAACCAAUGUUCCACGUCGCUUACCACUGACAUCAUGGGAGAAGAACUUGGUCAGUCGCCUCCUUACCCCUACAUGCUCUUAUCUGGCCAGGAGCAAGAGUGCUGGUUGUCAGACAGGAGAAGAAGUUAUUCAUGUCUGUCGUCGUGCAGUUUCAUUCCACUCCAUGAAUACCACCACCACCACCACUUCACCUCCCAAACCCCAGCCCUGCUCUGGUACAGCCAACCACAGGCCAUCUGCCUCCCCCAGUCCCAAAAACAUGAAUCGUAGAAGCGUCAGUGUGCCACAGAUAAAAGUAGCAAGACAGCAAGAUGCUAAUAAGAACAAGAUUCUCAACAGUGGAUCAAAUCUCAGAUCACCUGCAGCGAACACCAGCCAGAAACCAGCUCCUGUUAUUCAGAGCAGAACAGCCUCCCCUUCACCAGAACGGGAUGUGAGGAGUCCCAGGAGAUCAGUCAGCAGACAUUCAACUCCCCUGCACCUCGAACUCUCAUCGGUCCCAGAAGAAGACGUUACUGAUUGGAACCGUAUCCCCUCUUCCAACUCAAGGCCUGACAGAACAUUAGCUGAAGGUCAGCAAGAGAAAAUGGAAGAUAAAAGCCCACGAGAGACUCCAUGUUUGAACCUGCCUGAUGCUGUUCUAGUAACAUCUGUCAAUAGAACAGCAGGAGAUGGAAGUUCUUCACAGACACCUCCUCCUCCUCAAGCUCCACAGACUCCUCAAAUCCUCUUCAAGCCACCAUCUGCUGGGACGACAGACCCAGGGGAAGCCUCGCGUCUCCUGGCUGAAAAGAGGAGAGAGGCCCGUUUACAGCGGGAGAGAGAGGAGCAGGAGCGCCUGCAGCGAGAGGAGGCAGAAAGGCGGAGUCGGGAAGAACUGGAGCUCAGGAGGGCAGAGGAGCGAGCACGGCAGCAGGCGGAGGCUCAGCGUCUGAUAGAGGAGAAGAGAAGAAGGGAGGAAGAGGAGCAGCGGCGCGCUGAGGAGGAGAGAGCUCAGGCCAUGAAGGAGGCAGCCCUCCUCCAAAAACAGAGAGAGGAGGAGCAAGCCAAAGAAAAAGCAAAAGCAGAGCAGCUUCGACAAGAGCGGGAAUUAAUUGCACAGAAAGAGGAGGAAGAUCGUCAAGCACGAAAAAAGCGGCUUGAGGAGAUCAUGCGGAGAACCAGAAGGACAGAUUCUCCAGAUAUGAAAUCUGUAUCAAUGAGGAUUCUGCCAAAUGAAGCUCAGCCAAAGGAAAACACACAGCCUGUGCACAACGGCACCAUUGAAGAUGCUAUAAAACUGCCACUGCCAUCGAAGCCGUCUCAGCUGAGGUUAAAUAAUGAGGAAGACAUGGUACCUGUUGUGGCCUUCAAAGAACGCCGGUCUCUCAGAACUCUCACAGGCCUUGAGGAAAUCCAGACCCACCAACGAGCAGAGGUCAUCUGAGCAACUGCAAAGUGGGCAGACGUUGACAAAGAACUGUGUUUUCUCUGUGAAACAUGGAAACUUCUCCAGUGCAGCCUUUGGCCUCUGGCACUUUGAAAGAGCAUGUAAAAUUGCUGCCUUGCCCCUACGUAAGGAUGUCAGCAUUUGGUCCCUUUUCUCUGUGUAACCAGUGGUACUAAUAGUGGACAUAUCACAUGUUAAUUCAUUCAGCAGGUUUCUCAACUUCUAAUGAUCAUAAACUGUAGAAGUAGACAGUAAUGAUAGUUUGCUGAAAAAAGCUGUGUAUGAGCUGUGAAGAGGGUUUCUUUCCUCUAUAAGCCUUGAAAUGUUAGGAAUAGCCGUUCUAACAAUUACAUGUCAGCCACACGCUUUUUGCUUAUUCCUAACAUUUCUUGCUCUUCAAGCACUUUUCCUUCCUCAGUUUUGUUGCUGUGGAAUUAGAAUGGCAAGUGUGUGUGCUAGGAACAAGAGUUUAAGUCUGCUUCCUCUGUGAAUUCCUAUUUUACCCUUUGGCUUGAUCAAAUAUAGCAAUCACAUAUUUUAAAGCUGCUACAGACGUUAGUUUCCAAAGACUUUGCUUCAGUUAUGUGAGUGGUGUUUUAGAUUAUGCAAUGCACAAAGCAUUUAUUUCACUGUUUGCUUUGUUUGAUAUUGUGCAGUCACUUUACAAAGCAAAGUUGAGGUGUAGACAGUUUAUUAUAAUAAAAAAAAACCAUAUAAAAACAAUGGUAUUCAAUCAUGAGUAUUUGCUCUUACACUUUAAGAACUGCUUAUAAUACACUUGUAAAAGCUGUAAACAAUUUAAACAUGCUAUGUUUGAUUAAAGUUGUAUUAUGCUGCA